AUGAUGAUGAUGACAACAUUAGGAUUUGCUCAUCCUCUCCUGUUCUUCAGAAACAAACCCACCGAAAAAUCACAUAAUCCUCGAACCAAAUGUGUCUCUUCUUCUUCUUCUUCUGCUUCUCCAUCGUCGUCCUCUUCCACUGAGACAUUUCAUCGAACACAUAACGGACAAGUUAUUCACAAGGACGCUCUUCUCUGUGACGGAAUCAGCGAAGGAAUCACGAAGAAAAAGAAAAGGGUCUUCUUCUUAGACGUCAGUCCCCUUUGCUACGAAGGAAACAAACCUAGCUCACACGCUUUCGGUCACUGGGUCUCACUCUUCUUCUCUCAAGUCAGCCUCAACGAUCCUGUUAUAGCGGUUAUCGAUGGAGAAGAAGGUAACCAGAGACGUCGAGCAUUGCUCCCUUCGUAUAAAUCACAUAGAAAAUCACCAAAUCCUGGAAGAUACUCCAAAAGGCCACACCAAUUCGUCGACGAAAUUCUCAGGAAAUGCAAUGUGCCAGUUGUUAGAAUGCAAGGGCAUGAAGCAGACGAUGUGGUGGCUACGUUGAUGGAACAAGCACUGCAAAGAGGACAUCGCGCGGUGAUUGCAUCGCCUGACAAAGACUUUAAGCAGCUGAUCUCAGAGAAUGUUCAGAUUGUUAUUCCAUUGGCUGAUCUCAGGAGAUGGUCUUUUUAUACCUUGAAACACUACGUUGCUCAAUACAACUGUGAUCCACAGUCUGAUUUGAGCUUUCGAUGUAUAAUGGGCGAUGAAGUCGAUGGAGUUCCGGGGAUUCAGCAAGUCGUCCCGGCGUUUGGAAAGAAAACGGCGAUGAAACUUGUGAGAAAGCAUGGAUCUUUGGAGAGUUUACUAAGCGCGGCAGCUGUGAGAACCGUGGGGAGACCAUAUGCACAAGAGGCCCUUACGAAACACGCAGAUUACUUGAGAAGAAACUAUCAAGUUCUUGCCUUGAAAAGAGAUGUGAAGGUGCAAAUUCAAGAGGAAUGGUUGGUGGAGAGAGAUUCAAGCAAUGAUUCAGAAGUUUUGUCAAGCUUUUUCUCAACCUUGCAUGGAUGA